GCAACUCGAGGAGGACAUACAUAUACCGCGACAACGGUACUCGAUUCGGGGAUUGCCAUUGGAAGAGCAUCCUCUGACCUGCCAAACUGCCCCCAGCAGCGGGCCUGUUGGCCAUUUCCUCAUACCUUCCACGCACCGCCAAUCUUGCUUGCUUGUCCGACCUCGAUCUGCACCCACCGGCCACCGCGGCGCCAACCAAAUCCACACGCACACACGGGGUUCAAGGACAGGACGCGCCGCAGGAAGAAGAUUAGACUGACCCAAGCGCAGCGCAGAGAGGCGCAGCACCACCACCAAUGGCGGGCUCCGUGCGGCUGCUGCUGCUCUGCCUCCUCGGCUUCUGCGUCGCGGUGAGCCACCAGAAGACGGACUCCUGCGCCGGUGACCUCGCCGUCGCGCGUCUCAUCCCCUUCGACACCUCCGCCUUCCACUGCAUCACCCUCUGGAAGCAAGAGGACUUCAUCCUCAGGUACAAGAACACGGCGACGAACCAGUGGAGCUUCGUGCUGUCGGCGCCGGACACGAGAUCCUGGGUGUCCGUCGGGUUCUCGGGCAAGGGGGCCAUGGUGGGGAGCAGCGCCAUGGUGGGCUGGUCCUCCUCCUCGUCGGGCGGCAAGGCCGUCGCCAAGGAGUACUACCUGCAGGGCAGGAGCACCGAGUCCGUCACCGCGGACGACGGCAAGCUCACCCUGGUCAGAAACAAGACCGCCACCGUGUCCAGCUCCGGUAGGCUCUACCUCGCCUUCGAGCUCAGCACCGACCACCCGCAGCCGUUCCUCAUCUACGCCGUCGGCAACCAGGGCAGCCUCCCGUCCUCCCCGGACUUCACGCUGCAGGAGCACCGGGACAUGGGAUCCCGCGGAUUCAACUACGCAUCCGCGACGCUCUCUAGCGGCGGCGGCGGGUCGAGCGACGCGGGGUUCCCGGCCGAGAGGUGGCACGGGCUGCUGUCCAUGAUGGGCUGGGGCGUGCUGCUGCCGAUUGGCAUCAUGGUGGCGCGCUACUUCCGGCGCCAGGACCCCUACUGGUUCUACGGCCACAUGGCCGUGCAGGGCGUCGGCUUCCUCGUCGGCAUCGCGGCCGUCAUCAUCGGCUUCCGCCUCGACGACGACGGGCUCAAGAACAUCGAUGUGCACAAGGCCAUCGGCAUCGCCAUCCUCGUCAUGUGCUCGCUCCAGGUGACGGCGGUGCUGGCGCGGCCGGACAAGAUGUCCAAGGUGCGGCGGUUCUGGAACUGGUACCACCACAACAUCGGCCGCAUCGCCAUCCUGCUGGCCAUCGCCAACGUCUUCCUCGGCCUCACCAUCGCCAAGGAGGUCAGCGCCUACAUCGUCUCCUACGGCGUCUUCGUCGCCGUCUGGGUCGUGGCCGUCGCAGCAUUCGAGUUCAAGCGCUUCUACGAAGACGACGACUGACGCAUCCAUCACAAGCAGCACAGCCGUUCCUUUCUGAACAAUUAAUUGGACACGCACGCACGUCCACCGACCAGCUACGACGUGAUACCAACACACUCUUGUCGGUGGACAUCGAAUUUGAGAUUCUGUUGUAAAAUUCUUUUUUGGGGUAUAGGAUGAUACGGGGAGGAGGAGCUGGAGUGACUGCUGCUGCUGAACUUAAUUUAGCUGGACGCUCUGAUUCAUUAUUUGUACAUUGAUGAUACAUGGUGUUCUUCAUAUUACCGCGUCUUGUACCCUUUUGCUUUGUUGAUAGAUUGCUCGAGCUUUCUUCCCA